AUGGCGACCACCAACCCCCCCAAGCAGCCCGUCGCGCUCAUAAUCGGCGCCUCCCGGGGCAUCGGGCGCCAACUCGCCCUCUCCCUCGCACAAGCACACUACACCGUCGUCGUCUCCGCCAAGACCACAUCCGACGCCUCCGCCAUCCCGGCUGCCCAGUUCCCGCCGGACCCCAACUCCCCACAAUCCACCAUCAACACGGUCGUGCGCGAGAUCCGCGAGCUGGGCCACACGGCGCUCGCCCUGCCCUGCGACGUGCGCGACACCGCCGCCGUGACGGCGCUGGUCGACGAGACCGUCUCCCGCCUGGGCUCGCUCGACGUGCUGAUCUACAACUCGGGCGCCAUCUGGUGGUCGGCCGUGGCGACGACGCCGCUGAAGCGGUUCCAGCUCAUGCAGCGCGUCAACCCGGAGGGCCUGUACGCGGCGGUCGCGGCCGCGCUGCCGCAUUUCAUGGCGCGUCAGGGCAACCGUGGGCGUGUCGUCGUCGUGAGCCCGCCGAUUUACUCGCGCUUCUUCCGCGGGAAGACGGCGUACGCGGUCGGGAAGGUGGGCAUGAGUGUGUUGACGAAGGGGUUGGCGAUGGAUUUUCAGAGGAUGGGCGAGGAGGGGAAGGGCCUGAGUAUUACGAGUUUGUGGCCGGGGGCGAGUAUUGAGAGCGCGGCGACGGAGCGGGCGGUGAGAGCGGAUCAGGAUGUGAGGAGGGACCUGAGGAAGCCGGAGAUCUAUGGGGAUGCGGUGCUGGAGAUCUUGAGGGCCGAGACGGCGGUGGUGAACGGCCGGUUGUUGGUGGACGAGGAUUGGUUGAGGGAGAGGGGGUGGGGGGAGGACGAUUUUGACCGGUAUAAUGUCGUUGAGGGCGCGAAGCCUAGGAGGAUCAUGCCGAGGACGUUCCCGGCGCUCGAGGUGGAGGAGCAGGAUGACGAGGGGAGGAGAGUUGACAGCGUCAAGAUGCGUGAGGGGAGGAGCAAGUUAUAG